AGAAAAGAGUGGCAAUGCUGCACAGCACCAUUGCGAUGUUCCAGAGAGUGACUGGCGAUCUAAAGGCGCUGAUGUGUGUGGUUUCCCUCGCAGGAGAAUACUAUGGCAACUACUACGAGAUGCAGAGCCAGGUAAAAAGGCUGGAGAGUGAGAACAGCUCGCUGGAAAUAGAAAAUAAGUCAAAGCACUCGAAAAGAGUUUUGCUGGAGAAGAAAAUAGCAUACAUCAUCGAGAAGAUGGCUUCUCUUAUUGAAGAAGAUGAAAUGAGAAUGAGCGGUCUGAAAAGAGAGUUUGAGGCGCUAAGAGAGAAACACACAAAAGUCAUGGAGCAAAGAGAGCAUGCGCAGAGCCUGAUCCAGAAAAACAAUGAAGAGAUAAAGGAGCUGGAAAAGGAGAUAAUAAGAAUGGAGUCAGCACACGAGUCAAAACUGUCAUCGAUAUACAAUGAGCUAGUUCAGCAGAAUAAUUUCUUAAUGGGGUAUGGCGAAGAUGUUGAAAAAGUUUUUAAAGGAGAGUACAUAUUAUAG